AUGGAUAAUGUCGGGAACAGUGAUAAAAGGAAACGUGUUGUCGAUGGUGAUCAGAGUGAUGAUGAUGAGACAAGUAGUGACGACAGUUAUGUGAAGGUUGCAUUUGGAAAUAAUGAAAACUUGGCGGAUGGGCUUGGAGAGUUCAUGAAACAGUGCAGGUCGGCUCCAACGCAUUUGUCAUUUCAGGUUGACAGCACGUCUGUUAUACCUGAAUUGCUUGCUCAGUUUGAAGACAAUAAGAAAAUAUUCGACAGUUUUUUGGCAGAAGUCAGGAAAAAAGCGCAGACUGAUGAGGAAUGA